AUGAAGAGUCCUUUUCUGGUCGUUGGGACACUUUUCCUGCUGUCCAUCACUGGCGGGGAGUGUUCUUCCUCUUUUGUUUUCUUCUUCCAACAGAAUUAUAAUUUUGGGGACAUAAUUGCUUUUCCCAAAGUUAUGGGUUGUAAAUGUAUGCCACUCGCUACCUACAAGCACUAUGCUGUUUAUGUAGGGAAGGAGGAAUUUGAAGGAAAGAAACCUGAUGAAGACAUCUUUCACCUCACAGGUCCAGUCCAAUCAAUGAAAGUAGCUGACUGUGUCUUUGGGAAGUUAUCUACACAAGGGGAACAUGAACUUGACAACUACCUGGAUACGAUAUGGACUAUAGAUCCAGUCCAUAUUAAACAACGAAUUAAGGAACUUCAUAAAAACUGUCCAGCAGAGAAAAGCAAGGAGUUCAGAAUAGGGAGCUGGAAACCUUUUUCACACAACUGUGAGCACAUUGCUAAUUAUGUACGUUAUGGAAAUGAGGUGUCACUGCAGCGUGGUCAGUCCGGUGAAAACAACGUCAAGAAUCCGAACAUCAGUGAAGAAAUGCUCAAAGAAAUUAAAGAAAAACUUUGUGCCAAAUCCUGUGAGGAGGUUUGCCCCCUAGACGCCCCCAACGCUGGUUAA